AGUAGAACACAGUAAAAAGGGGAAAAGACGCAGAAUUCAGAAAUAGCAGCCUGUCAUGCGUCAGAGAGCUGAAGGCAUGGACAAAAACGACGCCGGUGAGGCGUUCGGCACCUCAGUCAACAUGCGCGAAGCCAACGCAGAGAAGCUGAAGACACUUUUAAACCGCGCCUCUGCCCGUGCGUCAGCGACAAAGAAGCGCAACCCCGCCUUGACGGGGGAUUACUUGGACUUUGAGAAUGCUGAGUUUGGUGGGAAGUGGAUUAAUAUCGCGUGGAUUACGCUGGUUGUGUGUGCACUCGUCUUAUUCUACGUACUUUGGUUUACGGACUGGGUCCGUUAA